AUGAACCCGAACUCUUUAACUAACCGCAACCCCAGGAUCGACCCCUCCAUCCGCCUGCGCCGGGCAAUCCACUCCAACGAUGCGCUGCUCGCCCGGCGCAUCCUCAAAUCCCACCCCCACCUCCUCCACAACCCAGACCUCUCACUCACGGGCAACGCAAGCUCCAACCUCCACCUGGCCGCAUCGCUCGGCCACCUGCCCAUCUGCAAGCUGCUCCUCGAGCUGGGCCACGAGGCUGACACCCCCGCGCUCAACGACGACCACCAGACGGCGCUGAUGCUGGCCGCCGCCGCCGGCCACACCGAGGUCGUACACCUACUCAGCGAGCACGACCCGGCCUCCAUCCUGCGUCAGGACGCCCGCGGCCGCGACGCCAUCAUGGAGGCCAGCCUGCACGGCCACGACACGCUGGUGCAGAUCCUACUGACGUACGCUCCGGGGGGCGCGGCGGCCGCCCUCGCGCAGGCCGACGUCGACGGGAACACGGCGCUGCACUUUGCCAGCAGCAACGGCAACCUGCUCGUGCUCCGCACGCUGCUGGCCGCGGGCGCCGACGCCGGUAGGAUGAACGCCUGGAGUUGGACCGCCGAGGCUUACAGCGCCACCGUGCAGGCAGAGGUCUAUCUCAAGACGCUGGUCGGGGAGGUUGAGCGCCGGAAGCAGGCGAGGAGGGAGGGCGAGGCGGCGGCCAAGACGGGCGGGGCGGUGAGGCUGGUGGGGCAGGAGGUGGGGGAUUGA